AUGGUCAAGUUCAAAGCCUCUUCUGUCUCGAAGGGUAAGAGCAGAUCGCAGCAGAAGCAUACUCGAUCCAAACCUGGACUUGCUUUACCUCGACAAAUAGCCGCUGAGCUCACUGCACUUGGACAUUCGGUUGAAGCUCCUUCUUCUCGUGGAAAGACUCAAAAAAAUCGCCGUGGAACAACACAAAAACAGAACCGCUCGGAUAAGAAAAUAGCAACAUCCAAACCCGCGAAGCCUCAACCCAAGCCAGUCGUUACCAAUCCCACAUCAACAACCAAGCCAAGCCCACCCGCUCCGCCAAAUACUGCUCUUGGUCGAUUGCUUGCUCGUCAGGAUGCGCCUCCUUUGAUCAAAUCGAAGAAGCGUAAGUUACGUUCCUCAGAGGAGGAUCUAGAGGAUGCAAGGAUUGCCUGGCUCGAACGUGAAUUAGGGGUUCGUGACAAGGCUCAAGGGAAAUCAAAACUUCGACAGGAGUUCGAAGAAGACGGACUUGAAGAUCUUUUUGACGGCUUAGAAGAGCUCGACAAGGUGGCCGACAGGUUGCGAGAAUCGGUACCGGAAUCAGUCGAUGGAGAACAGCAAUCAGAAGAUGAACAAGGCGGUUCGGGCGAUGAAUCGGCGUGGUCUGGAUGCCACAUUGACAUGGAUAUAGAAGAGGAACCCCUACACGAUGUCGCUCAAUCAUCAUGGGUCGAUAAAGUUCAGGACAAGCUGGAUGUUGUCAAGGCUGAAGAUCACACGGAUUCAACUCAGGAUCCCUCGCAGCCGGCUUCUACAUCUACGCGCUAUGUUCCUCCGCAUCUUCGUCAGAAAGAUACGGCAGCUCCAAACACCAAAGAUGGGCCAACCCUCGAUCCCCGUCUUCGCCGGCAACUCAUGGGUAUCUUGAAUCGUGUCUCACCCACAACUGUUCCAACCUGUCUGGAAAGUUUGCGAGGGCUCUACACCACCCAUGCGCGUGCAAUCGUCACAGAGGGUCUUGUGCAAGUCAUGCUUGAGCUAGUUGGAACUCGUGAUGAGCUGGGCGCUUCCUUAGCCGUCACCUACUCCGCCAUGAUUGCAGCCAUCAGCCGUGGAGGGGUACAAGUGAGCGGGGUGGAGAUUGGUUGGGCACCUAGUUUUGUUGCUUCUCUCAUUUGUCGUCUCUGUGAAAUUUACGAAAACCCAACCCCACGCGAUCACGGAAAAGCUGGACCAAACUUGUUGGGAUUUCUAUCUCAUCUUUACUUCUUCCAAGUCAUUGGAUGUCCCUUGGUGUAUGACUUUGUACGUCUUCUUAUCAACGAGGGAUUGAAUGAGGCGCGAGUUGAAGGCUUGAUGGUCCUUUUGAAGAACGCGGGACCUCGGUUAAGGUACGAUGAUCCCGUGGCUUUGAAAGAGAUUGUGCAGAUGGCUCAAGCUCAUAAGAGAGAAGUGGGUGAAGCCAAUUCUCGUACUAACUUCAUGUUCGAGACUCUACAAAAUCUUAAAAACAACAAGAUUCGAAAAGAGGCCCAGGCUUCCACCAGUACCGUUGAGGAAUUGAAAGAAAACCUCAAGAAAUAUCUUGCUGGAUUGGCUAAAAAGUCAUCCACGGCUUCUGAACCGCUCCAAUUGACGCUGAAGGACUUGAAGGAAGCUGACAAACGAGGAAAGUGGUGGCUGAUUGGUGCCGCAUGGGAUGGCGAUCCAUUGCUCGAAUUGAACGAGAAACAAACGGCGACUAAUGACGCAAGCGAAGCUCUUGUCCAACUAGCCAGACAACAAGGAAUGAACACGGAUGUACGAAGGAGUAUCUUCACAACCUUGAUGUCCGCUGAGACAUGUGUCCCUCAACCUCCGCAGGACUACGUCGACGCUUCAGACAAGUUGAACAGUCUGGCCCUGACAGCCGUUCAGCAGCGCGAGAUUGUCAGAGUUCUACUACACUGUCUCGGCCAUCGAGUGAUUCACAUUCGAUUCAGAUUACCUUUCAGUUUGCACUAUGGGAUUUCUUCCGGGACUUGGGCGAAACUGAGGUUUGUGGACGAGAGAUGCUAA